CCUGGAACUACGCUCCCGUCGUGCCCCGCGGCGCCAGGCGGAGGCGGGGCGGGCGGCCGGUUGCUAAGACUUGGAGAAGCGCAGCGCUCGCGCUCGUCUCCUAAGGUGGCUGCAGGCUUCGCCCCCAGCUGGUCAUCACAGCAGAAAUGUCAGGAAAGGAGAACAACUUCCCGCCGCUGCCCAAGUUCAUCCCGCUGAAGCCAUGCUUCUACCAGAACUUCUCCGACGAGAUCCCCAUCGAGCACCAGCUGCUGGUGAAGAGGAUCUUCCGGCUGUGGCUGUUCUACUGCGCCACCCUGGGGGUCAACCUCAUCGCCUGCCUGGCCUGGUGGAUCGGCGGCGGCUCGGGAGCCAACUUCGGCCUGGCCUUGGUCUGGCUGCUGCUCUUCUCCCCCUGCAGCUAUGUGUGCUGGUUCCGGCCCGCGUACAAGGCCUUCCGAGCCGACAGCUCCUUUAACUUCAUGGCCUUCUUCUUCAUCUUUGGAGCCCAGUUUGUCCUGACCGUCAUCCAGGCCGUCGGCUUCUCGGGCUGGGGCGCAUGUGGUUGGCUGGCAGCAAUCGGGUUCUUCCAGACCAAUGUUGGGGCUGCUGUGGUUAUGCUGCUUCCAGCCAUCAUGUUCUCCAUGUCAGCUGCCCUGAUGGCCGUCGUGAUCAUGAAGGUGCACAGGAUCUAUCGAGGGGCUGGCGGAAGCUUCCAGAAGGCGCAGACGGAGUGGAGCACAGGUGCUUGGCGGAACCCGCCAUCUCGGGAGGCCCAGUACAACAACUUCUCCGGGAACAGCCUGCCCGAGUACCCCACGGUGCCCAGCUACCCGGCCGGUGGCGGCCAGUGGCCCUAGAGCGAGCCAGCCGGCCUGCCUCCCCCUCCACUCCCGCUGCUGCCCUGGGGCCCCUGAGCCCUGGAGCCUGUACCCGUCCCUCCCGGGCCGCAGCUCAGCCCCUCCCCGAGCUGGGACGGCAGGAGGGCUCCCAGCAGGCUGCCCCGCGUUCCUCUCCCUGCCCUGCUGGCACAAGGACGCUCUCCUCGCCCCACCGCGCUCGCCCCAGAACCGCGGCGGCCUCACACUCCCCGUGCGGUCUCAGAGGGCCCACCGCGGCCCCCUCGUCAGGGCGCUCGCCCCGUGCCAGGACGAGGGAGCCUCGGCGCCAGGUUGCUGGGCCCCUCGGGCGACAGGGGACUUGAGGCACAGCAGCUCCUCGGACUUUUGUCCUCCUGAGUCCCCCACCGCCUGCUGCGGGAGGGCCCACCGGCUGAGCCCUCGGGACGGCCAGAGGCAGAUCCGUCGCCUCCACGAUCUGAGCGCUGCCCCCGCCCCCGUUUGUCUGUCCGUCCAUCCCAGUCCCUCCGCCCCGGGCUGCUCGGCUGCUGUGGGGGCCGGCCUGCCUCCCACCUCCUGCCCACGGUCACUCGCAUCCCGAGACGCCUUUUCCCUGUAAUGGUUAGAAGUCCACGCCCGGGGAGGCUAAGGGAGAGAGGCCCCACCGGCACCCCGCCCCGUGCAGGCGCAGAGGAGAGCGGGCGGCUCUUGAGGUCACGCCUGCCCUGGGCCGGCCCUGUUCUGGAUCCGCGGGAGGCGGGGCGUGCAGUUUCUCAGGAGGGCAGCCCUGGGAGGAGACGGCGACCCACCUCUGUGCCUUAUCGAGGAAUCUGAGCAGCCUCGCCGUGCUUGCUCCCUUCCCCUUCUGCUGGCUUCUUCCAGACGAAGGAACCCAGUGUCCCGGGGCAUCUGCAGCCGCUUUGUGAAUGGAUGGACCACAGGAGGCCUCCUGGUGGCCUCAGGCUGCCGGGUGCCCCUCCCUCCCCAGCACUGCCCCUCGGCUGCUUCCCCGGGACGCCUGCUUCUAGAAGCCCCCGGCCGGAGGGCCACGCUGUUCCCCGGGCCUGCGCUUGCUUGCUUGAGCUGUUUGUGCCAUGGUCCCUGGAGGAAGUGGCUGCAUCCAGGUCCCCAGUGGACGAGGCCUCCUGGAUGGAAACCCAGCCCCGGGUCUCCUGGUGCCCCUAACGUCCCCGAGCUGGCCUCUCGCAUGGAGAGGUGCUCACCGUGGGGCCGAAUCUCGUCAUGACCCUAACGCUGAUGGUGACACAGCCCGUUGGCCAGGUGGUCAGCGAGUGGUCACCCCAUGUCGGAGGAAGACGCAUGGAUUCACCACGGCUCCCCCCUCCCCCGCGCCCCCACUGUCCUUGGCACCUUUGUUAAUACGUUGAGGUGGUUUUUGUUAUCAGAAAGUAUCCUGGAAAUAAAUACGUUCUUUCUGCA